UUUUGACAGAUCAACAAUGAAGAUUUUUUCAAGUGUCAUUUUUUUGGCGGCAAUGGCGAUGUUCAUUCACGAAGCAUCGUCACAAGGUGUCCCAGCAACAAGUAAUGAUUGGCCUUCUGUUGCUUUCGUAUGGGUUUAUGGGCCUGAAUGUGCCACAAGUAGCAAUCCAUAUUGUACAAAUACUUGUGCAGGAAUCAUUCUUUCACCUGGUUUCGUUCUUACAACGGCUCGCUGCGUAACAAACGGUACAAGUACUGCUGUGGAUCCGUCAAUCGUUUUUGUCUACUUUGGCGACACCACUCCUGAAAAUCCGAGUUCUUCAAAGGCUUCUCAGAUUAUUGUGCAUCCAGGGUACGCACCGGGGGUCUGUUGCGGGCAAUUUGCAAACAAUCUUGCUCUGAUACGACUCGCGACAAAUGCGACCUUUGGCGCUCAAGUCAAUUCGGCGGCUCUUGGCGAUGAAACUCCUUCAAAUAACGUCACUUUGUUUGGUCUUGGUUUUGGUAGCACGGGAACUCUGCAAUAUAUCACGUCGCAAGUUGCGUGCUCGUGGAAUUGUACGAAACAGAAGCAAUGCGAGUUGGAAAAUAAUUACGGGUCGACGAUUUGUGUGCAAAAGGAGGGCGUGACGGUGUGCGAUGACAUGUAUGAAGGCGGUCCUUUCUUUUUGGAGGACAAGAAAACUGUAGUAGCAUUGAUUUUGGGACCUGGAGUUUCAGGAUGCGUUGAAGAUGGCAUCAAUUAUGGAUUGUUAUUGAAGGACUUUUACACUUGGAUCAAUUCGUAUUUGAAUCCUGAUAACACUACAACAACAACAACUACUACAGCUGCUACUACUACUACAACUACUACUACAGCUGGUUCUACUACUACUACUACUACUACUUCUACUACUACUACAGCUGCUUCAUAAGUAAAUGUUUGAAGGAUAUCUAAAAAUUGUAUGAAAUUUGAAAAAAAAAAUAUAAAUGAAUAUUUGACUUU